AUGAUUAUUGCCCCAAUAAUUAUUGCAAUUUCAAUUAUUGGUGAUUUACUAACAAUAAUUACUUUAAAUCAUCCUACAAUGAAAAGAAAAAAAGAUAUUUAUAUUUUCUUGUCUUUUUUGGCACUUACCGAUUUGGUCACUUUUUCUAUUUCUGUCCUUUUUAUAAAAAUCCCCCCUUUUAAUUUUUUUCAGUUUGCCCAAUUAUCUGUUAUUCCCCCAAUUCUUUGGAUUCUCGAUUUUCGACAUUGUUCACAAUUAGCAGCUUUUUAUUAUGCACAUAUAGCUUUUCCUCUCUCAAAUGCUUUAAUGGGUGCAAGUGUUUGGGUGGUUAUAUUAAUGACUUUAUAUCAAUUUAAAGCUGUUUGUUAUCCUUUACAUUCACAAUCGCUCCCAAAAGGUGUUUUACGUUGUCCUUUUCUUGUUUGUGAUCGUUCAAUAGAUACUCCUUUAUAUGGAAUGUAUGAAUGGUUUAGAGAAUUUUUAACGAGAUUUUUCCCGUUCUUUCUUCUUGCUUAUUUUAAUAUUAAUAUUUUGGUUACUUACAGAAACACUAAAAGAAAUAGAAUGAGUCUUUCAAGUCCUUCAAUUCAAAAGAAGGCGUUGGUAGAGAAAGGCGAAAAGGAAGAAAGAAGACUAUUUACAUUACUUUUUCUAAUAACUAUUGUUUUUUUCGUUUGCACAAUUCCAGCUGCUCCUUUAACAAUUUUAAUUUCCGAUAAACAAGAUCGUUCUUUGCCUUUUCAGAUUUAUCGUUCAUUGGCUAAUUUACUCGAAAUUACAAAAUUUGCUUUGAAUUUUUAUUUUUAUUGCCUUAUCAAUCCUGGUAUAAAAUUAAUUUUAUUAGGUUUAAUUUUUAAGAAAACAGCCUUAAUUUAA